AUGGCUAACCUUGUUCUAAUACUUGUGAAUCUGAUAGCUCUGCCAGCAUUACUAGUGUUUGUCGUCAUAAUAAAUCCCUCCUCCCAUGCCGAUGCAGUGUUCGUGAGCAUCGACUGUGGCUUUACAGGUUCCUCUACUUACAAAGAUGAAAACUCAAUAGUAUGGACCGGGGACGAAGCUUACAUUCAUAGUAAGCAUGAGUCUCAAGUGUUCAAUGAGUACUAUAGCAGCAACACGCCAGUUGAUUGGACCAGCACUGUAAGAGUGUUCCCAACUUUGAAGAAAAACUGUUACACCAUCCCAAUUGGCAAAUCUGGGGAGAGACUUCUUGUUCGAGCAAGUUUCCGUUAUUGGGAUUUUUACGAUAACCCUAAUUAUUCUGCUACUUCUCCGGGCCCGACCUUUGAGCUCCAGUUCGACGGCAACUAUUGGACCACGGUUGUCACCAAACCCUAUGACAUCGUUUCUCAUGAGGCCAUCUAUGUUGCCAAGGCAAAUACAACGAGCAUAUGCGUUGCUCAAACUAAAGAUAAUCAGCUGCCCUUCAUAUCCGCACUCGAAUUGCGGAGCUUGGAUUUCAAAAUGUACAGCCAUGUUGAUUCCAAUUACGCUCUGCUAUUGGCAAAUAGGCAUACUGAUGGUACAAACCAAACUGUUAGGUAUCCAGAUGAUGCAUAUGAUCGAAUUUGGGUUCCGGCAAAUGGUUUUAUAGUUACUGAGAAUGUGAAAGGGGAAGCAAGGAGCAUUGAUACUAGUAGUGCACAAGAUAAUCCUCCAGAAGCUGUGUUGCAAAAUGCAGUGGAAACCAUAGGCACUCUUUGGUCCUUGGUUCUGGACACCAGCGGACUUCCACAAUCACAAGAUCAAAAAGUGCGCAUCUACAUGACCACCUACUUCUCUGAAGUCAUUCGGCCGCUCAAUUCAUCCACUGGCAAAAGAUCCUUACAAGUAUUGGUAGACGGCAACCCGUAUUCGGGCACCAUCGUCCCUCCUUUUGGAAGCGUAUCCACUGUCUACAUUACCAACAUCACAGCUUAUUCCGACACUAAUUUCACUAUUGAGUCAACUUUUCAAUCCAAGCUUCCUCCUCUCAUCAAUGCCUAUGAACUCUAUACUAUCACUGGCCCUCUAACCCAAGCAACAACCAGCACUAAAGAUGUGGAAGGGCUAGCAGCACUGCAGAGAGAGUUUGAGAUACUGCAGAAAUGGAGUGGCGAUCCCUGUCUUCCAUCAUCCUUUGCAUGGGAAUGGGUUGAAUGCACUAAUACUACUAUUCAUGCCACUCCUCGUGUAACCUCACUGAAACUCAGUGGCUUCGGCCUGUUUGGCCCGCUUCCAGACUUUAGUUCCAUGGAUGGGCUGCAAAAGAUUGAUUUUCACAAUAACAGCUUGGAUGGACCUAUUCCUGAUUUCCUUGGCUCCUUGCCUAAUCUAAAUCUACUGUGA